AUGCUGAUAGCUGAUUCAUGGUGCCAUAGCUUUAUAUAUAAAGGGAAUAUUUUAAUUUCUGGAAAUCGAUUUACACAUAUUUUAAUAUACUCACCUGAAAUUGAUUCUUUCUCUAUAAUUCCUUAUGAUUUUAAAGAAUAUAAGCGCAAGAUCUUGAUAAAUUCAGAGAGACUAUAUUUAAUUGAAGACAGAGACUGAGAAAGCAACGGAUUUAUUUACGAAAGUGAGAUUGGAGAUGAGUAUACCUGGAAACGAGUAGGAGAAUCAUUAGUUAGAUAUGAAUAUGAUCAGGUAUAUUGCUCAUAUAAUAAAGAAAGUAUUUAUAUUGGUUGUUUGGAGACUGGGAAUCCUGAAAAAUUCUACUAUAAAUUUAAUUUAAAAGAAAAAGUAAUGAUUGAGCUUAAAGAGGUCCAGACUGAUGCUACUUAA